UUGAAGGAGAUCCCAGGCAUUUCACUGCAGAACUGGCUGGGACGCACCCUUGCUGAGUCAAUUGGCCCCAGGCAACAGAAUCACAAAGCCCGGAGGAGGCAGGGGUUGUACGAUAUCAGCUCCUUCCCUUCAAUUCUCCCCUUCAGUCCUUUCCCACCUUCGUCUUGGAUGGGAUACAUUCUGCCUGUCCCCAACUCUCAGGAAGCCUCUACUCUCUGUCACCAAGAUGUACCAGCUCCGUCUCUUUGCAGUUCUUGUCCUCCUGGUCACCCCGGUGGCCAGCACCCAGGAGAGAGGGACCAGCGCUCCUUCCCAAGCCCCGCCGCCUGCCUUCUGCCUGGACCCUCCCUACACGGGUCCCUGCAGGGCUCUAUUUCGCAGAUUCUUCUUCAAUGCCACCUCCGGGCUCUGUGAGAAAUUUGUAUAUGGUGGCUGCAGAGCAAAGCAGAACAACUUCCGGAACAAUGAGGAGUGUGUCCAGACUUGUGAGAUGCCGACACUUGUGCUACCGUGACCUGAUGAAGUCUGAGACUCCACCCCCACCAUCCCCCAG